UUGUGUUCGAGGAUCGACAAUUUUCAUGAGUGAAAUCGUAGUUCUAGCUCAGAGGAAACGCACAAUAAUGCUUUAGGUAGGAUAGGAAAAACAGCCCUGGCUAAAAUAUCGUUUACCAUGAACCAUAAUCAACAAGAACAAUACCUACAUUGUACUAUAGGACCAGAUGGAAUGCUGGGCUAAUAUAUCCAUUUUAAUAAGAAAUGGUGUUAACCACCGAGUGGGCCCAAGUUGAAGUUAUAGAGCUCAUAAACGACGGCUCCGGAUUGGCUUUUGGAAUUAUUGGCGGCCGUAGUACCGGAGUCGUGGUCAAAACUAUUCUUCCGGGAGGCGUAGCUGACAGGGACGGAAGACUACAAAGCGGAGAUCACAUUCUCCAAAUCGGCGAGGUAAAUCUCAGAGGUUUGGGAUCAGAACAAGUAGCCUCAGUUUUACGCCAGUGCGGUGUCCACGUACGAAUGGUAGUGGCCAGGCCUGUGGAAUCGGGUACUCUAGGCAUUCAGACGCUGAGCAGGAACGCUCCCAUUGUCCCUACGAACGUUGUGGGUGACCCGGUUGAACUGGACAAGCAUCUGACGGAAAAUGGGUUUGCUGGCACGUGCGGACCCUUACCAGCCGCCUUCGGUGCCCCCCUCAUUUACGGACAGUCCAACAAUAUCUCUGAUAUCGUCGACGUUGUCCGUGAUCCCUUGCCCAUCGGCAAUGUUCCUGUUGUCCCAGAAAUCUGCCCCCCUCCACCGCUAUUGCCACAAGCCAGCAGCCAGCAGAACGGCGAAAAGGAUUCCGAGUCCCCUGAAACAGAGAUAUUCAUCAUCGAGCUGAAAAAGGACGACCUAGGACUGGGAAUUACAGUGGCAGGUUACGUUUGCGAGAAAGAAGAAAUAUCAGGAAUCUUCGUGAAAAGUAUCAGCAAAGGCAGUGCAGCAGAUGCCAAGAAGUCUAUCAAAGUAAACGACAGAAUUAUAGAGGUAAACGAUCAAUCGGUGAUAGGUUACACCAAUCACCAAGCUGUCGAGUUGCUCAAAAGCACCGGAGUCAUGGUGAAAAUAAAGUUUGAACGCUACCUUCGAGGUCCCAAGUAUGAACAACUACAGCAAGCGAUCAAAGCUAACGAGUUAAGACCUCCUUCACCUCCAUCACCAACAGUGUCAUCGCUACCCAAAGUUCCUCUAAGUUUAGUGCAUAUGAGUUACCUGGGUAUCGAACCAGAAGGCGAGUCACGUACAAGUAUCGACUUUGAUUCCACCAUCCUUUUUGACUCAAACAGUCCCGUGGAUGAAGAAAAGGAAAUUGUUAUAGAUGGAAGGAAAUCUUUGCAGUUUAGUAUCGACAGCCAUGAGUCCAUACACGAGAAGUGGAAUGACAAAAUUGACAAAGAUGCUCAAAUUGUGAUUGCUCAAAUGACUAAACCACAGAACAGCGGUCUGGGAAUCAGUCUAGAAGGAACAGUUGACGUUGAAGAUGGUAUAGAAGUCAGACCUCACCAUUAUAUCAGAAAUAUUUUACCAGAUGGUCCAGUCGGAAGCAGUGGAAUUCUUCAAUCAGGAGAUGAACUACUUGAGGUGAAUGGAAUCCAACUACUAGGACUGAACCAUCUAGAAGUGGUAGCCAUUUUAAAGCAACUCCCUACAUUUGUCAGUUUAGUUUGCGCAAGGUACCCUGUUCCUAUUAGAAUAAUCGACACGUCACAACAUCCAGAUGCUUUUCAAGCCAGGAAAAUACUGGCAGGUAGUUUGCAGACCUUGAUCCAAGCAGGUGACCAAAAUCGCUUGGUUAAAGCAAAAUCUGAAACAUCUAUAGCCUCGAGUUUAGGCAGCGAAGCUUGCACAACUAGUAAAUCAAGAUCACUCGAGUUUAUAGCAGGUCUACCCAUGUGGAGUGAGGAUGUUACUGUGGUAGAAUUAAACAAAGGUGAUCAUGGAUUAGGAUUUUCAAUUUUAGAUUAUCAGGAUCCGCUCAGUCCUCUAGAAACUGUGAUAGUGAUCCGUUCGCUAGUACCAGGUGGCGUGGCACAGUCCGACGGUCGUUUGAUACCUGGCGACCGUCUAUUGGCCGUCAAUGACGUCAACGUGGAACGCGCCACCCUCGAUGCAGCCGUCCAAGUACUGAAGGGUGCGCCUAAGGGCGUGGUCAAGAUAGCGGUGGCCAAGCCCCUGAAUGGAGGGGAUGCUGUUUCCGAUGCCAGUCAGGACACCGAAGACGAUCACACCUGCCUGGAAGACUUCCAAGAAUGCAUCGAAGAGUUUCAAGAAGACCUCAUUACAGUUCCCAUCUUCAUCGAAGACGACCUCUCUUUCAACCAUUCCCCUUCAACCUCCCAGGUAGAAGACUUAGGCCAAAAACGCCCUUUCCACCUUAACCACAACCACGUCUCCAACUUAGACCUCCUAGAAAACAAUUACCUUAACAUCAGAGACAGCAUAGGCGACAGCGACAUUGAUAUCAGUUUCAAAAGUACCAACGAUAAUUGUCUUGAUCACAGCGGAACUAACGGCGACUGUAAUAACAUUCAGUUGAUUUUGAAGAGCCAGAAUCAACCGGUGUUGGAGAAAAUGGAGAGUUUGACUCAAAGCGAGAAGCCAUCGCUGAGCGAUAAGGAUGAUUAUGAGACUUGUAUGGAUGAGUCAUUGUCUGAGGAGAAUAUUAAGGAAAAAAGUAAGGAGGUUGAUGAUGAAAAUGAAGAUUGUGGGAGUAAGGAGUCUAACGAUGUCACUCCUACUAACUCUAAGUUUAAUUUAAUUAACUCAAAUGUAAAUGAGGCGAGUUUUGUUCAGGAAAUCGCAUCCAAACCUCCAGGAUGUUCUUCUACCCCUUGCUUACCAACUGAUUUUUUCCCUAAUAACUCCGAAUUAUCCAACAUUGACGAACUAAAGUCUUAUGAUAACCACACCAUAGACAGUAUUUGUGAAAGUGAUGAGUUCUUCUUAGUGCAAUACCCAACGGACUCUACCUCUUCGCAUAAGGAGGUGUGCAAAAGCGUGAGUGAACCCAACGUUUUAGACAACACAGAAAUCCCGGUGCCGGUGAAGUUAACCUACAAAUUGCGCGAGUACUAUAACGAUUACGAGAAUUGCCUGGACGCGUACAAGGAUGUGGCCGUGUUCGAGAAAAUCGAGACGGAAAUGAGUGAUUCUGAGAUUUUCAACGAGAUUUUUCUGCCGUUCAAGAGCGGCUCGGCUCCCGACGUGGUGGAUCGGUCGUUCGUGACGAUGACGUACGACCCGGGGCCCGACGGGGGCCGAAGAAAGUCGGAAUUUAUUGCGGGGUAUCCAAAAAAUGACAGUGAUAUGGCAGUAAUAAAACAGCUAGACUCAGACCAAGGAAGCAUGAAGGGAUACCAGAACGACGUCAUCCAUAAACACUGGGGUUCCAGUCACGUGGUUAAAGUAUAUCGGGAGCCGGACAAAAGUUUAGGAAUCAGCAUAGUUGGUGGAAAGGUAGAUGUCCAACCUCCCGAUAAACAACCAGAAGCCUUAUUGGGGAUUUUUGUUAAAAACGUCACACCAGGCAGUCCCGCCGGCAAGACUGGACAGUUUAAGACUGGCGAUAGGAUAUUGGAAGUGAGUGGUAUCGAUUUGAGAGAAGCGGCCCACGACAAGGCCGUCGAAGCCAUAAGGAGCGCUCCCAAUCCGGUCGUGUUCCUCGUUCAGUCUCUAAUUCCCUGGGUAAGCACUGAAAACGAAAACAAUUUACCAAACAACGAAAACGAUUGUCAAUCGCCAUCUCCGGUAUCCAACAAGGAAAAAAUCGCAUCAAACAAGAACUAUUUGGAAAAUCACGAUGACAACGAAAAUGUGAGAGUUAGUGAAACAAAGGAAACAGAACAUAUUAGCAGUGCAAAUAAAGAUGUAAUUUUGAUAGAAAUUACAAAUGAGCCCUCGAAAAGUCCAGUUAUCGUAGACGAAUCUGCCAGUGACGAUGAAGAAUUUGACACCAUCGAGCUGGAAGGGAGGACGGUGUCAUCCAAGGGCCAGCAGAUUGACAGGGCUAGUGCGGCUAACGUCAGGAGAAGCAAAGAAGAGAUUGAUGCAGAUAAAGAUGAAGAAGAUGACUUUGGAUAUACGCCAAAUAAAGUGAAAAAGAAGUACGGCAACCUAGGCCACAACAUCCUCAUGGUACAGUUGGAACGGAGUUCGGCAGGCCUGGGCCUGAGCCUGGCGGGUCACAGGGACCGCAGCUGCAUGGCCGUGUUCGUUUGCGGCCUCAAUCCGAAUGGAGCGGCCUACAAGACCGGAUCCAUACAGAUCGGAGACGAGAUCCUCGAAGUUAACGGUGUGGUGCUGCACGGGAGGUGUCAUCUCAACGCUUCGGCGAUCAUUAAGAGUCUGUCGGGGCCCGUGUUUAAAGUGAUUAUACUCAGGCGAAAAGCUGCCAUCGAUGACAUUGCUGUCAAACCGAUCACACAAUUUCCAGUAUCUCUGGCGGAGGAGGCAUCGGAAGAACAUUUUAGUGCCAGCUAUCCGAAUGUACGAACCGUGGCCAUCAAAAAGCAGACCGGUCAGAGCUUGGGUAUUAUGAUAAUAGAAGGCAAACAUGCCGAAGUUGGACAGGGUAUUUUUAUUUCCGACAUUCAAGACGGGAGCUCAGCACAAAAGGCUGGCCUUGAAAUUGGAGAAAUGAUUCUGGCGGUGAAUAAAGACACUCUAGUUGGAUCGAACUAUGAUACGGCGGCCAACCUGCUGAAAAGGACGGAGGGUUUGGUGACGUUGGUGGUGUCCAACCCCAGCAAGAAGGACCCGUCCCGAUCUCACACCCCCACGGCCACCCCGUCAGCUUCCAACAGCGUUUCCGAUGGCAAGCUGCAGGGGAAACCCACCCUCAAGACGUCCGCCACACCCUCCAGACCUACCACACCCGUACCUGAACCCCCAGCUGAUCCAGCUACAUGUAGCAUAGUUCCUGGUAAAGAAGUAACCAUAGAAAUUAAUACAAACAAUGAAACACUUGGUCUUACUUUCGUUGGUGGAAAAGAUACUGUCAUAAGCGAUGGUAUUAUUCUUCUGGAGAUCUAUCCAAAAGGGACAGCCGACAAAGAUGGACGGUUACAGCCAGGUGAUCAAAUUUUAGACGUAAACGGGGUAUCACUGAGAGACUGUUCGAAUACGACAGCUUCUCUAGCAUUAAGACAAGCACUGCCAAAGAUGAAAAUCACCGUAUUUCGACCAACAAGCGUAGAAUACACUCCAAUCGAAGUCGAUCUCUUGAAAAAGCCCGGCAAAGGCUUAGGAUUAAGCGUGGUCGGUAGGAAUUCGGGUCAAGGAGUUUAUAUCGCCGAUAUUAUAACCGGCGGAGCAGCUGAUGCCGACGGCAAACUUGCCAGAGGAGACAUCGUAGUCUCCGUCAAUGGACAGAACGUAGAAAGCAUCAGCAGCGAGGAAGCAGGGGCCAUUUUAAAGACUGUGAGUACGGGUAGAGUGAUUCUCAAACUGAACAGAUACAAACCGAGUUGGAACAAACCUUCGACAUCGGCAUCGUAAGGAAACGAGAACUAUGUCCUGUGCGAGCACCAGUUACGGUUUUUUUGUUUUAUCGACUGAUCUAAUCUGUUAAAGACCGUCUUUUAAAAAUGGUAAACGUGAAAUGUUAUGUGUUUUGUAAAUAGCCAGAGCACGCGAGAAUGCGACGUCACGUGAACAGUGAAAUGUAAAAUAUCCUUUCCGUUGCUGUGCAAGAUGUCUCAAUUUUAUGUGUUUUAUGCGUGUUUAGUUUAUAAAGGGAGCUAGAAAGUAAAGAUUUUCUCAAUAAUUCGUUUACAAUAACUUUUUAAAUGUCCGAGAUACGAGGAAUAUUUGAAAACAACAAUGUAUCAGAACAAAUGUAUCAAAAAGGGUAACGAACUAUUCCCAAAACCCUAUAACUUAAGCGAGAAACCCCAUGAAAGACAUGAAAAUGGGACACCCUGUACAAUGUUAGCAUUUUAUUUUGUCGCUCUUUUAACAAACUAGGUAUAUUUUUUUUUAUUUUUUGGGGCUAGAACAUUUAUUAAAAAAUAAAUUGCAUGUUUUUAGUCCAAUUAUAAUAGGUACAUACUGAUUACCAAAAAUUAUCAAAGUAUACUGUCAAAUGAAACAUUUAUUGAUAUAAAUUUUAUAUGGUUUUCUCCUGUAUGUUAGAACCUCGCAAU